UUUUUUUUUUUUUUUUUUUUUCUCUCUCUUGAAUCUUAAUCAUUGCCCUCUAUUCCCUACGCUUUUUCUUUUCAAUUUUCAUUGCCUCUUCCAAAUCACUCUUUUUUUUCUUCUUCUUCUUCUAUCUCCCAAACCCAAAGUUGGUUGGUUUACAUUACAGGGUGUCCAACCAAAGCUACCCUCAAAUCUUAAUGCUUUCUACUAAGGACAACACAUCAAGGAGGGAGAAUUAUUUGGGAUGAAAGAUGCUAGAGUUGAUCUGGGUUUUUGCUGGAAGGAAGAAAAGAAGGUUCUGAAUUCUGAUAUUCAGUGAUUAGAGUCAAAAGUGAGAGAGAUUCAUUAGGUUGGUAAGUGAAUCCAAUUCCGAUGGAGACUCAGACACCAAAUGUGCAGCCACAAGCUGCGUCAACAAGCACGCCAAGGAAAAAGAUGACCAAACAGUUGACAGGUAAAAAGGAUGAUACACCUUUGCACUCUGCAGCAAGAGCAGGGAAUCUGAGUGUUCUGAAGGACACAGUUAGUGGUGCUGAAGAGGGUGAAUUGCGUGCGUUGUUGACAAAGCAGAACCAUGCUGGGGAAACAGUUCUUUAUGUUGCUGCUGAAUAUGGCUAUGUCGAUAUGGUUAGGGAGAUGAUUCAGUAUUAUGAUCUUGCUGAUGCUGGAAUUAAAGCAAGGAAUGGUUUUGAUGCACUCCACAUUGCUGCCAAACAAGGGGAUUUUGAUAUUGUGAAUAUCCUAAUGGGGGCUCAUCCUGAAUUGUCAAUGACUGUGGAUCCAUCCAACACCACAGCUCUGCACACUGCUGCAACACAAGGGCAUACUGAGAUAGUGAAGCUUCUAAUGGAAGCAGGUAGUAGUCUUGUAACCAUUGCUAGAAGUAAUGGGAAAACAGCUUUGCAUUCUGCUGGGAGAAAUGGACAUUUGGAGGUUGUGGAAGCGCUUCUGGAGAAGGAGCCUUCUGUUGCAACGCGGACUGAUAAGAAGGGACAGACAGCACUUCACAUGGCAGUGAAGGGACAGAACCUGGAGGUGGUGGAGAAGUUGAUAAAAGCUGACCCCUCAACAAUAAACAUGGUUGAUAAUAAGGGUAACACGGCAUUGCAUAUAGCAACCAGGAAGGGCAGGGCUCAGAUUGUUAAGUUGCUUCUUGGACAAGCAGAAACAGAUGCAUUGGCAAUCAAUAGAUCUGGUGAAACUGCAUUAGACACAGCUGAGAAAACCGGGAACUCUGAAGUCAAAGACGUUCUACUCGAACACGGUGUUCGAAGCGCGAAAGCCAUAAAGGGUCAGCCAGCAACUGGUACAGCCCGAGAGUUGAAACAAACCGUGAGUGACAUAAAACAUGAAGUCCACUACCAGUUGGAGCACACACGCCAAACUAGAAGAGGUGUCCAGGGCAUAGCCAAACGCAUCAACAAAAUGCACGCUGAAGGACUCAACAAUGCAAUCAACUCCACAACUGUGGUUGCAGUCCUCAUUGCCACAGUUGCCUUUGCAGCUAUUUUCACUGUCCCUGGCCAAUUUGCUGAUGAUCCAAAAACUCUCCCUCCAAGGAUGACCCUUGGUGAAGCAAACAUAGCCCCACAACCUGCAUUUCUCAUUUUCUUUGUCUUCGAUUCCAUCGCCCUCUUCAUCUCUUUGGCUGUGGUGGUGGUGCAAACCUCGGUUGUGAUCAUAGAAAGCAAGGCAAAGAAACAAAUGAUGGCCAUCAUUAACAAGCUUAUGUGGUUGGCUUGUGUUCUUAUUUCUGUGGCCUUCUUGGCACUGUCAUUUGUAGUGGUGGGGAAGGACCAGAAGUGGCUUGCAAUUGGAGUCACAAUCAUAGGGACAACUAUAAUGGCCAUUACUUUGGGCACCAUGUGUUACUGGGUCAUUAGACAUCGCAUUGAGGCCUCGAAUUUAAGGAGCAUUCGGAAAUCUUCAAUGGGAAGCAGGUCAAGGUCUUUUUCAGUGUCAGUUAUGUCUGAUUCUGAGCUACUAAACAACGAGCACAAGAUACUCUACGCGAUUUAGAAUCACUAAUAAAACCUUGUUGGCCUUUUUCAUGUACACUUUUUUCCACGGCCUAAUGGAUUUAUAUCCAACUCAAGUGAGAAUCAUCACACUUGCCUCAUGCUUAAUAAUAUGCUUAAUGGUCUCUUUCCCCUCCU